AUGAUCGCAACAGGGCUCCAUGGUAAACUAGAUAAAUGCUUGCCGGAGGUUGACCUGCUGCUGAACGUGAGGAAGGUGCUGGCGGAGAUCGAGGCGAUAAUUGCAGCAGGGCCACACGGCAAGCUAGAUGAGUACCUGCCAGUGGUUGACCUGCUGCUGAACGUCAGAAAGGAGCUGGCGGAGAUUGAGGCGAUGAUUGCAGCAGGGCCCCAUGGGAAACUAGACGAGUACCUCCCAGUGGUUGAUCUGCUGCUGAACGUGCGGAAGGUGCUGGCGGAGGUGGGGGAGAAGGAGUCGGGGCGCCGGGCGGACAUGCUGCUGCGGACUGCCAUGGAGGACUUGGACUACGAACUAAGAGACAUUCUUAAGCGGCGCAGCAAGCAGGCUUCUGCCCGCUUCAGUGUAGACGAGCUCAAGAGGCUGUUCCAGGCGGAGUUCCUGCAUGUGCUUCCUUUUCCCUCACCCUCCCCCACCCACCCCCUGUGCCCCAAGCAGGCAUCCGCGCGUUUUUCAGUGGACGAGCUCAAGAGGUUAUUCCAGGCGGAGUUAGUGCACGUCUUUGCCCCUCCUCACCUCACCCCCCCCCUCUCUCCCCCUUUCUUCCCUGCCCUUCCCCCCAGCAAGCAAGCGUCCGCCCGCUUCAGUGUAGACGAGCUGAAGAGGCUGUUCCAGGCGGAGUUCCUGCACGUGGGGAGUGGGGAUUCCGCAGGGGAGGAAGGGGAGGAGAAGGGGGAGGGGCGGGAGGGGCGGGGGGGCAGAGAGGGGAGAGGAGGGGCGGAUGGGGAGGAUGAGGGACUUUUGAGUCCAGGGGAAAGGGGGGAGGCGAGGGGCGAGGGAAGGGGGGGGAGGAGGGAGGGGAGAAAAGAAGGGGACUUGGAAGGGGACGAGAAGGCUGGUGGGGAAGGUGAGGAGGAGGAGGGGAGGAGGAAGGAGAGGAGGAAGGUUCCUGAGCUGUUUCCUGUGAGCACGGGGCGGUGGUUGAAUGAGGCGGCUGGGAGGAUGGUGCAAGGAGGGGCGGGAGGAAAGUGCGUGGAAGCUUACAGGUCUGUGCGCGUGGAGGCAGUUAAAGCCCUGAUGGAUGAACUGAGGCUGGAGGAUGUGCUGAGUCCCGGGGUGAUUCAUGAAGCGCCGUGGAGAGUGCUUGAGCAGGCUUCCAAGGAGUGGGUGCAGGCGGCUUAUAUCAUUGUGAGUCUCCCUGCAGAAUCCCACAAGAAAGGGGUGAUUCGCAAGGCACAAGGCACUGUGGAGGGUGCUGAAGAAGGCUUCAAGGGAAUAAGUGCAGGCCGUUUCUAUCAUUGGGGCGUUGAUAAUCCCCAUGGAGCAUCAGACGGCCAACGAGGCUUGGAGGGGCAUGGAUGGAUGGACACACAGAGGCAGGAGGGAGCGUUGAUAAUCCCCAUGGAGCACCAGACGGCCAACGAGGCUUGGAAGGGCAUGGACACUCAGAGGCGUGCCGCCCUAAGGAGCGUGCUGGAGGACGGCGGCGUCGGGCGGCGGGUUUUGUUUCUAGCGGACGUGCUGAGGGCCAUCGUAUCACGGCGGAUGGCAGAGCAGCUGUUUUCAUUGCUGGAUGCAUAUCAAGUGGUGCAAGAGAUCAUGCCGGAGCUCGCUGCCACAUUUCAGGACCUCAAGGUCAGCAAUGUGUGGGGGGCGUGUGAGGGCCUGCCGCUGCUGCUGGGGCGAGCAGUGGCAGCAUGCUUCCAGCGCCUCAAGCUCUUACUGGAGGACUCUGCUGCUUCUAAUCUCGCUGAUGCUAUGCGGAAACCCGUUCCCGCCAAGAAAGCAGCCCUGAGCUUUCUCACGCGCAGUGCCACCAGCAACAGCAGCACGGCGGUGGCACCAGACGAGUCGGUUUAUGAGAUUGUGCCGCGAGGGGGCGCUGUGGAUUCGAUCACGAGCUAUGUUGCGAAUUACAUCCGCAGCUACAUGCAACGGCAAGGAAGGAGAAGCUACGUGGAUUCCCUCACAUCUCUCUUCUCUCUUCUUGAGGCUCAUCCAGACGAAGACCCCAGCUCCCUCACAGCAGAUUUUGCCCUCCUCUCUCUCCCCGCCUCCUCCUCCCUCUCCCCUCUCGCCUCCUCCAAUCCGAUCGCUGCUGCUGCCGCCGCCGCCACCAUGAACGCCACGUCAGCAUCUGCCAUGUCAGCAAACGGGAGGGCGCCAGGUGUCGGGAGGAGCCUGGAGAGCGAGACAGCUCAGCUGGUGAUGGCUCUAAGGAGGAACCUAGAGAUUAGAGCAAGGCUCUACCCAGAGGAGUUACAGCAGCUCUUUCCUAUGAACAACCUUAACUAUCUUGUCAAGUCCAUGAACGACUGGCACGGGUGGCACGCACAGGGCAUUGAAAAGAACUUGUCUGCUGUGAGAAGGGAGGGUGCCAAGGACCUCAUGGUGGCGUUAGCAGACCUGCAUGACGACAGAGUGGUGCAGCAGCAUGCAGGGGCUUUCCAGUCUCUCGCCCUGCUCAAGGUGAGACAGACGGGGGCACUCAAGGUCAUGACGGCCAUGAGCACCAGUGAGGAUGCAGUGCAGCCAUCCAUGCACUCGUUUCGUUCACAUCCUCCCCUCUCAUCCUCCCCCCAACCCCUUCCCCCCUCCUACCCACCUCUUCACUCCCCCUCUUCCACUGUGCUACCCGCCUCUCUUCAUACCCAUCCCUGCUGGUUUCAUCCCAUCAGGUCAUGGCGGCUCUGA